AUGACUGGCCAUUUCUUCGAAGGAGCUGAAAAGCUAUUAGAAAUCUGGUUUGUUACAAGUGAAAACGAGUCGGGCAAAGCUACCACACACAAUGAUCUUCGAAAUAUUCCACGGGAUCUGAUCGAAGACGUACUAAGUUUGGUCAAUUGUAAAGUGCUGACAUAUGCACAAUCGGCUACAACGGAUACUUAUGUACUAAGCGAAUCAAGUAUGUUCGUAUUUCAAACGCAUUUCAUCUUGAAAACAUGUGGCGAAACAACGUUGCUUCAUGCUGUUCAACCAAUGUUGGACCUUGCUCGUGAUUAUUGUGGACUUGAUAUCGUUGAUCAAAUCUUCUAUAGUCGCCGUAAAUUUCUUCGACCUGAAUUGCAAAAAGCACCUCAUACAAGUUUCGAGCACGAAGUUGCUUAUCUUGAUUCAAUUUUCGAAGGUGGUUCUGCUUAUGUUCUUGGUCGUACUAAUGUUGAUUGCUGGUAUUUGUACACACUUGAUAGAACAUGUGUUAGCAAGAAAUCCGAUCAAACAUUGGAAAUUAUCAUGACUGAUCUGGAUCCGGAAAAAAUGAAAAUCUUUUACCAGGAAUAUACCAGCUCAGCUGCUGAAGCAACAAAAAAAGCCGGCAUCGAUAAAUUAUUUCCAAAUGCAAAAAUCUUCGAUUAUUUAUUCGAUCCCUGUGGUUAUUCAAUGAAUGGCCUUCUACCGGAUGGUCAUUAUUUUACCAUUCACAUAACACCAGAACCGGAUUUUUCGUACGUUAGUUUCGAAACUAAUGUCUCAUACAGUCAAUAUCAAGAAUUAAUACGGAAAAUUCUUCAAAUGUUCAAUCCAGGCAAAUUCACAACGACAAUUUUUGGCGGCACGCUACAAGUCUCGAUGGUCAACGAAAAUUAUUCCAUUUUUCUGACUAUGGCCGGGUCGACCAUCAAAUUGUCUGUUUGGUUGAUCACGAUCUUAUUUACAGCUAUUACAAAAAACACCCAAGCUGAGGAUUCCGCAACACCAUCUGCGUGUGUCGUCAAAAAGCAGCAAAUGAAAAUAAAUUCACAAAUUAUUUCUCUCCGAUGGCCACCAUUGAUUCAAAUAUUUCUAAAACGAGAUCUUGUUCGCUUGCGGUCAGCAUCAAAGAAACGAACGAAGAAAUUGAAAUUAAUGUUGCAGUUUUAUUUUCACUUUGUUCUUUUUGUGUUUUUUUCAAUCUUUUACCAUCAUUGA